ACAGCUCCGGGCAUUGGGGGAGCCCGAGCCGGCUGCGCCGGGGGAAUCCGUGCGGGCGCCUGCGGUCCGGGUCCCAUCCUCGCCGCGCUCCUGCACCCCUGAAGUUUUGCAGCGCCCAGCGAGGGGGCGAGGGAGGGAGGGCGCGCGAGAGGGGAAGGAGCAAAAAAAAAAAAAAAAAAAAAGAAAAAGAAAAAAAAAAGGAAAAAAAAAGCACACCCUAAAACAUUUAUUUCAAGGAGGAAAGAGAAAGGGGGGGCGCGAACAUGGCUGGGGCAAUUAUAGAGAACAUGAGCACCAAGAAGCUGUGCAUUGUCGGGGGCAUUCUGCUCGUGUUCCAAGUCAUCGCCUUUCUGGUGGGAGGCUUGAUUGCUCCAGGGCCCACGACAGCGGUGUCCUACAUGUCAUCGAAAUGUGUGGACGUCCGUAAGAACCAUCACAAGACAAAAUGGCUAAUGCCUUGGGGACCCAAUCAAUGCGACAAGAUCCGCGACAUCGAGGAGGCGAUUCCAAGGGAAAUUGAAGCCAACGACAUUGUGUUUUCUGUCCACAUUCCCCUCCCAGCCAUGGAGAUGAGUCCUUGGUUCCAAUUCAUGCUCUUCAUCUUGCAACUGGACAUUGCCUUCAAGCUGAACAACCAAAUCAGGGAAAAUGCUGAAGUUUCCAUGGACGUCUCCCUGGCUUACCGUGAUGAUAUGUUUGCUGAAUGGACUGAAAUGGCCCACGAGAGAGUUCCACGGAAACUCAAGUGCACCUUCACCUCCCCUAAGACCCCAGAGCAUGAGGGCCGCUAUUAUGAAUGUGAUGUCCUGCCUUUCAUGGAGAUUGGGUCGGUGGCUCACAAGUAUUACCUUCUAAACAUCCGGCUGCCUGUGAAUGAGAAGAAGAAAAUCAACGUUGGCAUUGGGGAGAUAAAGGAUAUUCGGCUAGUGGGAAUCCACCAAAAUGGAGGCUUCACCAAGGUGUGGUUUGCCAUGAAGACGUUCCUCACGCCCAGCAUCUUCAUCAUUAUGGUGUGGUAUUGGAGGAGGAUCACCAUGAUGUCCCGGCCCCCAGUGCUUCUGGAAAAGGUCAUCUUUGCCCUUGGGAUUUCCAUGACCUUUAUCAAUAUCCCAGUGGAAUGGUUUUCCAUUGGCUUUGACUGGACCUGGAUGCUGUUGUUCGGUGAUAUCCGACAGGGCAUAUUCUAUGCCAUGCUUCUGUCUUUCUGGAUCAUCUUCUGUGGUGAGCACAUGAUGGACCAGCAUGAACGGAACCACAUUGCAGGGUACUGGAAACAAGUUGGACCGAUUGCUGUCGGCUCCUUCUGCCUCUUUAUCUUUGACAUGUGUGAGAGAGGGGUACAACUCACGAAUCCCUUCUACAGUAUCUGGACUACAGAUGUUGGAACAGAGCUGGCCAUGGCCUUCAUCAUCGUGGCUGGGAUCUGCCUCUGCCUCUACUUCCUGUUUCUCUGCUUCAUGGUGUUUCAGGUGUUUCGGAACAUCAGUGGGAAGCAGUCCAGUCUGCCAGCCAUGAGCAAAGUCCGGCGGCUACACUAUGAGGGGCUCAUUUUCAGGUUCAAGUUCCUCAUGCUCAUCACCCUGGCCUGUGCUGCCAUGACUGUCAUCUUCUUCAUCGUUAGUCAGGUGACGGAAGGGCAUUGGAAGUGGGGCGGCGUGACGGUCCAAGUGAACAGCGCCUUUUUCACUGGCAUCUACGGGAUGUGGAACCUGUACGUCUUUGCCUUGAUGUUCCUGUACGCACCUUCCCAUAAGAACUACGGGGACGACCAGUCCAAUGGUGACCUGGGCGUCCACAGCGGGGAGGAGCUCCAGCUCACCACCACCAUCACUCACGUGCACGGCCCCACCGAGAUCUACAAGCUGACCCGCAAGGAGGCUCAGGAGUAGGCUGGGGCUGCCUCGCUGCGCCCCAGCCCCGCUUCCUAGAGCAGAGGGCACGGCGGGAAGACCUCCAUGCACAAACAAGCAGUGCCUGGCCUCCUCGCUGUGGGUUUGCGGACCAGCGGCGGCGUGGACGUCCGUCAGUCUAGCUUCUGACUGUAGCUUUCGGAGGAAGAUUCCCACAGCCAUGAAUGCAUUGUGUAUGAUCCCAGAAACUCCGGAAUGACACCUUCUCUGUGCUCGUUGUUAACUAGUGACAUAGUAACAUCUGUAGCAGGUGCUUAGCAAACCUCAUUUGUUGGGGGGUGUACUCCUUGGGGAAAUGGUUUGGGCCCAUGGGUCUAUAUCAGGUGGAAUAUUUGGCUUUUUUCUCUUGUACAUGCUAGGAUAGAUUUUUAACAUCCUUUGAAGUCCAAGGUGGGCUGGUGUCUCUAACUCCGAGUCCACGACCACUUCUUUUUUUUCUAUUUAUAUCACCUAGUAGCCCAUGGAAUUAAUAUUUAAGUUGUCAAUAGAUACGUGUCCCUAUUUUUUAUGGCAUAGUAUAGAAUAACUGAAUUUCAUGAAAAGGUCAGUUCCACAGGGGCAUUUUCUGCUUUGAAACCAAAUCUGUGUAUCCAAUACUAACCAGUCUGCUAAAUGUGGGUUUUAAAAAAAAUGUUUGCUAAACUACUCAAGUAGUUAUUAAAUGGCCUUUGGGCCUGAAAAGCUUUUUUUAACC